UGGCCAAUUUUUCAUUUUGUUGUAUACACAGCGUCUGGACUCAGCAUUAAUAUCAGUUCUCAAAGCACUGCAUCUGAUGUGCCAAGAGUUUGAUAAAGGUUUUUUAAUUGGAGGAGGGAGGAGAGAAAGGAUUCACAGAGUCACACCUGCCAAGUGCCAGUUCUCUCUUCUAUAUGUCUGCAUAUGUGUCUGGCUGGUGAGCCCUGAUGAUCACAUGAACCUCGGGCAACAACCUCCCUCCUUCCCUCCCUCCCUCCCUCUGAUUCCAGUCCUCAUUCCCACUUUAUUACUUGCAACUUUUGCAAACUAGUCCAAAGCAGAAGCUCUUAUCCCAGACUCUGCUCUUGAUCUUGGGGUUCGGUAACUGCCAAGAUCUCUGUUUUUCCUCUCUGCUGAAACUACUUUGGUUAUUCGCAGAGGAGCUUUAUUACUGCAAAACAAAACAAAACAAUGUUUUUCUUUGUCAAGAAAGCUUCUUUUGCUCAGCUCUGUCUUGCACUCUGUGUUUUUGAUCCAAUGCUGCUUUGGGAUAUAACUUGGGCUCUACCUAUGGAAGAGCAGGAUUAUUAUCUGCAGGAAAUAAUCAACAGGGAUCACUAUUAUUCUUUUCUGGAUCCUGACGAGGAAUUUUCACCUUUCACAGAACAGCCAAGGGAAGAAGAAAUGGAGCCCCCUGCGGAGACAGAAGAACCCCCAAGAUUCAAACCAGGCAAGAAGGAGUUAAAAUCAAAGAAAGCCAACAAAAAAGAUAAACCCACUCUCGAGACCCCAUCAGUUAAAAAUGGCAACAGGAAAGGUGAGAAAAACAAGAAAAGCAAUGAAAGGACACCAGAUGGAGACUAUGAAAGACGAAGCACUUAUGAAGAGAGCCAGGAAAGUUGCCCUCCCCUGGGUCUUGAAACAUUAAAAAUUACUGAUUUCCAGCUCCAUGCUUCUACUGUAAAACGAUAUGGCCUUGGGGCCCAUAGAGCACGGCUAAAUAUUCAGGCAGGUGUUAAUGAAAAUGAUUUUUAUGAUGGUGCUUGGUGUGCAGGACGGAACGAUCCAUACCAGUGGAUUGAAGUAGAUGCUCGGAGGCUAACCAAGUUCACGGGAGUUAUCACACAAGGAAGGAAUUCUCUCUGGUUGAGUGACUGGGUAACAUCUUACAAAGUUAUGGUGAGCAAUGACAGUCAUGCAUGGAUCACUGUCAAAAAUGGUUCUGGCGACAUGGUUUUUGAAGGGAACAGUGAAAAGGAGAUCCCAGUCCUCAAUGAGCUGCCAGUACCUCUUGUUGCGCGUUACAUUCGGAUAAACCCUCGGACAUGGUAUGAAGAAGGAAGCAUAUGCAUGAGGCUGGAAAUCUUAGGCUGCCCUCUCCCAGACCCGAAUAAUUAUUAUCACAGAAGAAAUGAAAUGACAACAACAGACAACCUUGAUUUUAAGCACCACAACUACAAAGAAACGAGGCAGCUGAUGAAAGUGGUGAAUGAGAUGUGUCCAAACAUCACGAGAAUUUACAAUAUCGGGAAAAGCCACCAAGGGCUAAAGCUAUAUGCUGUUGAAAUCUCGGACAACCCAGGAGAACACGAAGUUGGUGAGCCAGAAUUUCGGUACAUGGCAGGGGCUCAUGGGAAUGAGGUGCUUGGACGCGAGUUACUGCUUUUGUUAAUGCAGUUUAUGUGCCAGGAAUAUCUGGCUGGGAAUCCACGUAUUAUACGCCUCAUUGAGGAUACCAGAAUUCAUCUUCUUCCUUCAGUCAACCCAGAUGGAUAUGAAAAGGCCUAUGAAGUGGGUUCAGAAUUAGGAGGCUGGUCUUUAGGACGAUGGACUCAAGAUGGCAUUGACAUCAACAAUAACUUCCCUGACUUAAAUACUUUGCUUUGGGAUACAGAGGAUCGGAGAAAGGUUCUGAGAAAGGUCCCAAAUCAUCACAUACCGAUUCCGGAAUGGUACCUAUCUGAAAAUGCUACAGUGGCAGUUGAAACACGAGCAGUGGUUGCAUGGAUGGAGAAAAACCCAUUUGUGCUUGGUGGCAACUUACAAGGAGGAGAACUUGUUGUUGCCUAUCCAUAUGAUAUGGUCCGGUCAAUGUGGAAAACCCAGGAGCAUACUCCUACCCCAGAUGACCAUGUUUUCAGGUGGCUGGCAUAUUCCUAUGCCUCCACUCACCGGCUAAUGACAGAUGCCCGCAGGAGAGUAUGCCAUACAGAGGACUUCCAGAAGGAAGAUGGGACUGUAAAUGGAGCUUCAUGGCAUACUGUGGCAGGAAGUAUAAAUGACUUUAGCUACUUACAUACAAAUUGUUUUGAACUAUCCAUAUAUGUUGGCUGUGAUAAAUAUCCUCACGAAAGCGAAUUGCCUGAAGAAUGGGAAAAUAACCGAGAGUCCCUUAUUGUUUUCAUGGAGCAGGUGCAUCGGGGCAUUAAAGGCAUGGUGAGAGAUCAACAUGGAAAGGGAAUUCCAAAUGCUAUUAUUUCUGUAGAAGGUGUUCACCAUGACAUCCGCACAGCAAUUGAUGGAGAUUAUUGGCGCCUUCUAAACCCAGGAGAAUAUGUUGUCACUGCAAAAGCAGAGGGCUAUACUGCCUCCACCAACAACUGUGCUGUAGGUUACGACAUGGGUGCAACCCGGUGUGACUUCACCAUCAGCAAAACCAACUUGGCCCGAAUCAAAGAGAUCAUGGAGAAAUUUGGAAAACAGCCCAUUAGUUUGUCACUUCGACGGCUCAAACAGAGGGCAAGGCAGAGGCGCCAGCAGUAUAGAUUACUUUCUGCAAUGUAACAAAUUUUGCUAUUGUGCUCUGCAUCUAAACUGAGACCUACUCUAGCACUAGAAAAAGUAUAUAUAGAUAAUAUUUUAAUAUCCCCCAUCUAACAAUAUUUAAUUAGGGAUCAUGUAUUGAAGAAUAUCUUGGGAUUCCACUACUUAAUAUUUAGAUUUAUAUGCUGUUCUGAAAAAUGUGGAAUAAAAUAUUUUCCCCUAAAAAGAUCCCACAAAGUAGCAAUUACAUGUGGCACCUAUAUUCUCUGGCCCAGAGGAAAGGCUUUAUAACCAGAAGAAACUCCAUGCAGAUACACCAUCAGAUAACAUGCUGCACUUGAAACCAUUGAACUAAAGAUGCCGGGAAUACUAGCUUUGGGUUUGGGGGUUGGAAAUGAGAUUUCAUGAUCCAACACUAAAUAUUUUAAUGCAAGACUUUGAGCUGGGGGGGGGCAGAAUUCAGAUUAUAUCCAAGAUACCAUCUGUCUAUUUCAUCCUACACUUGUUCUGGUGUGUUGAUCCCAGAGCAAAGAGCUGUCUAAAGAAAAAGCAAUUAAAGUUGUGUCAUUUUGAAAUAUGAAAUGAAAUAUUAGGUCAAGGGGUUCGUUAAGAGUUCUUUUAGAUAUCACUUUUGUGGCUCUGGAUCAGCUUAACUUGGGGCUGUCCCAUCCGAAGCCAAUUAACAUAGGCACACAUAGUUCAGUAAAGUUUUCUCUUUUUAUUAAAGUUACAGUUAUAUCAAAAGCUUUUCAACUCAUUCACCUAACUAUGCUUUCUAAGAACUAUUUCCCUGACUAGUGCUGACUAAGCAAGCCUCUGGUUACAGACAUUGACUCAGCACCCCCUCCUUGUUAAUGUCCCUUAAAUAGGUUUCACUGUUGUGUACAAACAAUGGCUCCUCCUAACCCCCGGCUGUUCUUCAUACCUCUGAAUUCUGCAAGAGAGGGGGAAAGCGGCUGGACCUCAACUUCUCCCUCCGAAUGAGGGGGGCUAGUUGACUGGGUAGGCAUGGCAAACUGCUGAGUGCAUGGCUGGGAAUCAGAAGGUGGAUCAGGUGGCUCCUUGGGCACAGGAGAAAGGCGGUGUCCUCAGAAGCAACCUCUGACAGCUCUCCUUGCACUUCCACGGGAGCAGUUGGGAUUUGGGUGCGGAACCCUCCUCCCUCAACUCCACGCCUGAGUCUUCAAAGUCAGUCCCCCUCCUGCAAGCCCUCCCCCCGUCAAACGUCAAACGUCAGCAGUGAACUUCACCUCUUCACCACCACCAGUCACUAUAUUGUUGGGUGUUAAACAAAUGCAUCAGUUUUGGAAAUGUGUUUAGUGUCCUCAUUAUAUGGUCUCAUUAUAAAGUUAACACCAUCUUUAAACUGAUGUUCCAUAUUCUUGCUAUAUCCAGCUUCACUGGACAAGUGCCAAGCAGAAAUCUUAUGCAGAUAGAAUACCAGGUGAUCUGCUAUUCUUUAAGGUUCAGGCUAGCUUAGUUAUCCUGCUAGCAGUUUGCAGUACCUGGGCUAAUUAAAUUAUUGAACAGCAGGAUAGUUUAUCAUGGGAACAAGAAAGAAGAAACAUGGUGUCAGAGCAACUGGGCCAUGAAUCAAGACAUCCCUUGUUCAAUCUCAUCUCUGUUGUGAACUCACCAGGUGGUCUUAGACAAUUGUUUCUCUCUCAGGCUCUGCUGAAACAGAAAUAACAAUAUUUUCCUACCUUAGAGAGAGUUGUAAAGAUUACUGCAGGAUAACCUAGGUGAAGCAUCUGGAACACUAAACAUGCAGUAUAUAAAUGAUGUAUUGUUAUUAUCUUUAGAAGUGAAUGAGAUCAGUUUAUGAAACAACAAACCAAUCAGCGUAGAUCAUUUCUUCAACUUAAGUGACUUGAUGUAAGCUCGUAUUGGUUAUACAGGAUUUGAACAUCAUUGUGCCAUUCACACUGUUUUCAUAUGUCUGUAAGUAAGCCAUUUGUGUCACAUAUACAAUCAGGCAUGGCGACAAGACUUUAAUGGGCCAUGUCAAGUACACUGUUAACCAUUAUGAUUACUAAUUGCAGGGGCUGCCUUACUUGGUAUAUACUUGUGAGACUUAAUAGGAUUAUCACACUAACAAAGCAAACACUACCAAGAGAGCUUCAGAUGACAUUAUACAGACAAUAUUUUUCAGUGGAGUCAGUUGUAGGGGUAGAUAAAUCUGUCAAGAUCUGUUUCUCAUUUUUCUAAUCAAAAGUUCUAUUCACAAUGUU